UCGGAAUGACAGCGCCGUAAAACUCGGUCGCAGUGACUGAUCUGGCCUUCCACUCAACGCAUCGGAAAGGUGAUGUAUAACCAGCAUUGAUCCUCUGCACAAUGGUCGUGCCUGAUACAGCUAAUUACGCGAUCACCACCAUACUGUUAACACUUGUCGCUGUGGACAUUGCAGGAAAUACAUUGGUUUGUUUGAUCAUAAAAAGACACCUUCAGAUGAGGACUCCCAUAAAUUAUUUACUCGUGAACCUGGCUAUUUGCGAUAUCCUGUUUGCAACAUUUAUCACACCAAAGAUUGUUGUAAGCUUCAAUAUAACUCACCCGGAUGGAACUGCAGGCUCAGUCCUUUGUAAGUUGGUGACAGGUGGAAAUCUGGCCUGGCUUCCUGGAAUCACCUCAGUUGUUACUUUGGUAGCUAUUGCUGUGGAACGAUAUUAUACUGCGCUUUACCCACUGGAUCCAAAGAGAAAACUGACCUACCGUAAGUUUAAGGUGAUCGUCCUUAGUUCUUGGGUGUUCUCGCUGAUUUUCAACUCACCAAAAUUUUUCGUCAGGACAUUUGAUGACCAGAAAAAUCAUUGUGUACAAAGCUGGCCCAAAAGGUGGAUGAUUACAGCUUCCUGCUUGACGUGGUUGUUUCUGAUCGUAGUUUCCGUUGGCAUAAUGAUUGUGUUAUACUCUAAAGUAGUAUACACGUUAUGGUACAAACCCAAUGAUGGCAACCCACUAAACUAUCAACAACGGAGUGUGCUGAAGGUGCGGAAACGCGUCACUUUGAUGGUCAUAACUGUCAGUGUCAUAUUUGCGAUUUGUUGGGGAGCAGAGUCAAUUGAAUACGUGUUAAGAUUUCUCACGACUCUGAACAUCACCUUCGUCCAUAUUACCAUCGUUGACAUGAUGGUGUUGUUUAAUUCAGCUGUUAACCCAUUCAUAUAUGCCCUCCUGAACCAUCAAUUCAGACAGAAGAUCAGAAGAGUGACUUGCUGCCUAAGUUCUGUGGUAGCGCCUAGGCCACGGGCUGAAACCGGCACGAAGAAAAGUUUUGUGGAUGAAACCAAGCCUUAUAUUCUUAAAUAGCUCAUGACAAAUGGCUCAGAAGCCGUCAAAGUACCUUAGUUCUUCCUUGUUAGUGGCCAAAAAUCCACUUCAGAGAAAAAAGACUGCAUGUAGUAGAAAACUAAGCCAACUUAUAUCUUGAGCACGGAAUCUUUGUAUCGUUUACGACCAGUAUGGAUCAUA